UCCUCCCCCUCCCCCCACCCCCAAAUUCUCUCCAAGGCCCAAGCAAACGCGAGGCCUCGACGGCAGCCGCUCGUCGCCGGCGUCGUAUGAGGACCAGUGAUUGGACUCAGUCUCGGAUAACGAAGCUACCGGAUCUGCCGAUCUGCAGUUGACCGGCAACGUUGGCCUGUAGAGUUUCUGCAAAACCUCCGGUCAUCUGCGGUCGGCUUUGGAUUAGUGUUUCUCGAUAGGGAGAGACCGACGGAAUGCACGACCUCCCGCUUACUUCUGUUUCGGUGUCUGCUGCUGCGGGUGCUGCGAGCAUCGAGGAUGCCCCUCGGGUUUAUGAGGUCUGGAGAGGUAGCAACGUUUUUAUCUGUAAAGGGAGGUUCAUAUUUGGACCAGACGUAAGGUCACUGUUUCUGACCAUAUUUCUAAUUGUUGGUCCUGUUGCAAUUUUCUGCGUAUUUGUUGGUAGAAAGCUAAUGGAUAAAUUUCCUCAUCACUCUGGUAUAUCCAUCACGGUCGUUGCCGUUGCAUUCACACUUUAUGAUUUAUGUCUUCUGCUGCUUGCUUCUGGAAGAGAUCCUGGUAUCAUACCCCGUAACACACAACCUCCUGAACCUGAAGGCCUCGAUGGGAGCAUUGAUGUUGGUGGUGUGCAAACACCACAAAUGCGUUUGCCACGCAUGAAGGAUGUGAUAGUUAACGGCAUCACUGUGAAAAUCAAAUACUGCGACACUUGCAUGCUUUAUAGACCUCCUCGAUGCUCCCAUUGUUCAAUCUGCAACAACUGCGUGGAACGAUUUGAUCAUCAUUGUCCAUGGGUUGGGCAAUGCAUAGGGCUUAGGAACUACAGGUUCUUUUAUAUGUUUGUGUUCUCAACCACUCUGCUUUGCUUCUAUGUGUUUGCAUUCUGUUGGGUCUAUAUCAAGAAAAUUAUGGAUGCCGAAGAAACAAACAUUUGGAAGGCAAUGACCAAGACUCCUGCUUCCAUUGUUUUAAUUAUUUACACGUUUAUAGCCGUUUGGUUUGUUGGCGGCCUCUCCGUCUUCCACUUAUAUCUCAUCAGCACUAACCAGACGACAUACGAGAACUUUCGAUACCGCUACGAUCGCCGAGAAAACCCUUACAACCUAGGUUUAAUCUCCAAUUUCAAAGAGAUUUUCUUCACCUCCAUCCCUCCCUCCAAGAACAAUUUUCGUGCUAAGGUGAUGCUAGAUCAGGGCCUAAAACCCAGACAAUCCACAGGAGGUUUCAUGAGUCCAAACAUGGGUAAAUGCAUCGGAGACAUCGAAAUGGGAAGGAAAGCCAUGGCUUGGGGCGAGCACGAGGCAGGCUCUGCUAUUGAAAUGGAAACCGGUCUUAGCGUCGAAACCGUCGAAAACAAAGAUGGUCGGUUGUACAACUCAUCAUUGGAUUCAGAUAGAAUAUUGCCAUUGGAAGGAUCGGAGGAGCAAAUGGCGACCGAGCAGCAAUGGGGGAAUUCUAGUUGGGGGAGGAGGAGCAGUGGGAGUUGGGACAUGCCGCCACCCGUAAAUUCCACGGACAACAACCCCAAUCUCGUCGGCAUAUCACCGGGCAUAAAUCGGUCUGAUCGAAAAUCUAAUCUGUAGCAGUGUGUCUGUGUGUUGUGCAAGGUUGUUUUAGCAUUUUAUUAUGGUGUACACCACCUUCUAAUAUGUCUGCAGUUGGAACAGAAAUGAGCCAUUGUAAUUUUUUUUUAUUUUGAUUUGAUAUUUCACUGGGAGUCUGGAGUGGUGUGUUGUGCUUUUUCUAUACUUCUCUUUGGAUUUCAUUAAUAUGAGAAAGCUGUCACAGAACAGAAGAAGAUCUGCAGCUUUUUAGGCAUAAUUUGCAUUUCCAACAGAGAGGAAGGCAGAGGAAUAAAAAAAUAAACCA